ACGUGUAUAAUGUGGUGUCUGUGCCGUCCAAUGGUACGUCAUCAUGCAAUACUCUUCCAUAUCAGUAGGUGUCAAUAGUUCGCUAAUUACUUUGUUUUGUGAUGCGUAAGAGGUAAGAGUGGCGUUGUGGCAAGCCGUAGCGGUUAGCUUGCGAGACUACAACAGUGACAGUGAUGGCAAAGGUUUCUAAAAAGGAAAUAUGCUAAUUCAGAAAUGGACAAAAAUCAAGGAAGCAAAAACCAUUUCCUCUCGAAGAGUCUCUGGAGUAAGGCAAUAAGCAAUAGCGAUCUUUCAUUGGGGUACGCUAGACUGUAAAGGAAAACAGCAACUUUCAACGAGGAUGCAGUGAUAUCUACUCCAAGCCCAGGCCAAGUGUCACACUGAAUUUUUUUACGGGAAAAGGGGAACCUGAAAAGCCAAAAGAUGAGCCUACAACCUCGAAGAAAACAAAAUCUAGGCUACUUCCCAGUCACUAAAGACCCACGAACUGCAAAGGAGUGGAUUCAUGACCUUUAUACAACAACUCUACCAAGGUUCUGGAUUAAAGUCAUUUCGGAAUAUCCUGACAUCGCUAGGAGAGUACUGAAAACUGUGCAACAAUUUCCAACAUCCUAUCUUUGUGAAGCGGGCUUCUCUCACUCUCCAAUCUUGGGACCACCUCAACGAAACAAGCUCAGGCCUCCCACUGAUUCAACGGGUUCAGCAGGCUACUUUGGUGACCAACUACAGGAGACAGGCUUCCAGUAAAUUCGGAACUUAAAAGCAACACCAUGUUAGGUGACAGGUGUCUUGCUUCCUUUGUAAAAGCACCCGUGAUUGGAAUGCUAAAGAAAGAGCUUUAACAAUGAGUUUUGCUCAAGCAUGUUAUUUGGCAUUCUCUUGAUCUGAACGUUUGUUUUUUGGGGAAUUUCCUCAUUUUGUGCCUGUACCUUUUUAUUUAGAGUAAUUAAAAUGGAGAAUUAAACUUCAAUUAUUUGUUAGUAUGAGUGCCUAUUGAAAAUUUAAUAGAGCUAGGAAGGCAUUUGGGUUUGUGGUAGAACCUUUCUUUUCAGGGCCUGGGCUAUUAUGAUUGAUGUACACGGAUGGUUAUUGUAACCCACAGACACAUGUCUGGGAUGGAAUUAGUCUCCCAAAUAAUGGACAGACAUUACCCAUUUCAAGUUGACACGACUGAUCACGCAACGCUCUAAUGUUAUGAGCUUCGCAGUAUUUUUGGAAUACCAGUACUUU